AACCGGCAUCCCACCGGGCCCGUGGCGCCCGCCGGGGCACCACACGGCUUCGGCCCCGGGGGGCAACAUGGUCCCAGGACCCCCGAAUUGAGUGGGGGGCUUCGUUGUCAUGGGGACGGCGCUAGGCCGCGGUCGCGGCCUACUCAGCCACUCGAUCGGAGGCUUCGUUGCCGUGGCGACGAGGCUAGGCCGCGCUGGCGGAGGACCCCGGGGGGGCCGGCCCCGCAUCCCGGGGCCCCGCCGCCAUCCCGGGCCGGGAAACGGGCCGGAUGGUUGCCAGAUGUGCGCUGUGGCGGCGCUUUCCCCGCGGAAGGCGAGAGGAGGGGGGUCCUGCGGAGGGUGGACCCCGGCGGGGCGGCAGGCAGCGAGGCGGGGAGAGGAGGGCGGCGGGGGGAGGGCAGGGGAGAGAGGGCAGGGCCGGGAGGAGGCACCGAGCGGGUUUUUCCUGUCCCCGCAGCCCCGGUGAGUCACGGGAGAGGCGGCGGCAGCAGCGUGAGACCCGUGGGGACAGUAACCCCUCCUCCCCGCCCGCUCUGCGCCCCCCACGUGCGUCCCCGGCCCGCCCCCGACAUGAGGCUGCUGUGGGGAAGGGGCUGACCCCGCGCCGUGCCCCCCGCGUCCCUACCUCGCCAUGGCCUCCCAGCCGCAGCCCCUGCCCCCCGCCGUGCCCUGCGCCUCCGCUGCCGGCACCGCGGGGGCCGGGCUGGCCGGCAGCCCCGAUAAAGGCAGCGCACGCCCCAAGCCGCCGGUGCGGCCCAAGCCCCGCGUGCUGCCCAAGCCGGCCGUGCCCGCCAAGCCCCCGGCGCCACCCCCCGCGCCGGGCCCGCGGCACCCCCGGCCCGAGCUGCCCUCGGCCGAGAAGAUGAACCGCCUGGCCGGGCCCCAGCCCUACAGCGGGGCGGGCGCGGGGGGGCCCCUCCGGCGCCCCUCCUUCACCGUCAGAGCACCCGAGACCCCCAAUGGGAAGGGGCCCUCGUCGCCGUCGGUCGCGGGCACCGAGGAGGAGGUGCCGCCGGCCCCGCCAACCCCCUCGCGCAGGGGCCCGGCCCCCUUCAAGGUGACGCCGGUGCCGGUGGCCGCCCGGCCGGAGCGCUUCCCGGGCACCACCGUGGAGGAGAUCCUGGCCAAGAUGGACAGCAGGGAGGGCCCGGGCAGCCCAGACCGGGCCUGGCUCUCGCCCUUCUGCACCGACCCCUCCUCCCGCUUCGGCUCCAAAACCUUUGUUGCUUUCCGGAAGCGUCCCAGCGGGGAGGCAGAUGGAGACCCUGCCGGUGAAGCCCCCCAGACGCCCCCACCUGCGGCAGGCGAGCUGGGAAUGGGGGAUGAUGGACACCCUGUGGCUGAGACGAGCUCCCCCCAAGCUGGGCCGAGCUGUGCCGGGGAUCCCUGUGGACGCCGGAGGCCGCCAUCCCCUCCUGACCUUUCCACACUACAGCUGGGUGCCCUUGGACCUCCAGGCUCCCCAAGGCCUCCUACCUGCCCAGCUCCGGCCCCAGGAGCUCCUUUCCAGCCUGCUGAGCCCUCUGCCCCAGCCCCUGGCUCCCCUGAUGCCCCCCCUGAGCUCCUGGCCCCUGACUCCCCCACACUGCCCCCUGGCUCCCCUGAAUCCCCCACUCGGCCUCCAGUUGAGGUCCCUGUCACCUCCAUCCAGGCCCCAGGCGCUCCCUCGGCCACCGAACCCCAGCUCAGCGUCUCCCGUUCCCCUGGCUCCCCACACACUCCAGGGGAGGGAUCCCCUGGCACUGCCAGCCCCCCUGGCACUCCUGAGCUGCCCCCACGAGUCACAUGCCCCCCCGGCUCUCCUGAAGCUGCUGCCGAGUACCUGGGCCCCCCCAGCCCACCCCUUGCCAAAGCCUCUCGACCCCCGGGCUCCCCAGAGGGACCUGAUGACUCCACAGUGUCCCCACAGUCCCAUGAGGGUCCUGAUUUCAAACCCCCUCCCCGGGAUGUGGGGCUCCGGCGUUCCUCCGAGGGGAUGCUGCGGCCCCCGCCCACGGGGCAGGGCCUGGGGGAGCUGGGGGGCUCACUGAGUGCCCUGCCCCGGGCUGGAGACCUCCUGUCAGAGCCCUCCCUGGGCAGCGAGUCCGCCUGGAGCCUUUCCCAGUCCUUUGAGUGGACAUUCCCGUCGCGGGGGGCACGCUUGCCAGCCUUCCCUCCCCGCUCCCCCAUCCGGGAGACACCUGACUCGGGGCUCUCCGAAGAGGGGGAGUCAGAUGGGGAGGCUGUGGCCCCCAGCCCUCCAAAGGACAGCAGGUCUGAAGGGCCUGGCAGCCAGCAGGCAGAGGGGGCUCCGUGCCCAGGGGGUCCCGUGGCACAGCGAGAGGCUGGGGGCUCAGCGGAGGAGGAGGAGGAGGAAAGGGAGGCAGAGCAGGAUGCUCCCAUGUCCCAUUCCCCACUUCGUGUGACAGAGCCUGGCCAGCACCCAGCUGAGCCUGAGUCUUCCACCCAGCCCAGCCUUACCACAACUGCCCCGCUGGCUCCAGCCCCCCCAGAUCCAGCUGCUUCCACUGACUCAGCCUGGGCAGGUGAUGGCCCCAAGAGCCUGCAGGGUCCCGGGGGCCCAGGCCAGGCUGAAAAACCCUCACAAGACCCUGACCCUCACGCUGACCCAGGCUGGCUGACCGAGCUGUUGGAGUCACCUGGGGUCCACGGCUCUCCAGAGAACCUGCUGGGCUGGUCACGGAAGGACCUGUGCAGUGAGUUUGGCAUUGGCCGCCCUCGCCAGGACAGCACCUUUGACUGGAGCCACCCAGGUGCGUCCAGGGAGAGAGACUGGCCUGUUGAAACCAAGAAGGACCAGGAAUUCGGGACCAAAUCCAGCUGGGACAGCAGCCACAGCGACAAGGACAGCAGUGCCCGGGAGAGCUGGAGCAGUGACUACAGAGCAGCAGAGCUGAGGGGGGACACGAAACUGGGCUGCAGCGACUGGUCCCAGUCCCUUGGCACUGGGAAGAGCUGCCCACAGGAUCCAGACUUCAGUGCCAGCACAGCUGAGUGGGGCCAGGGCUAUGGCAGCACGGAGGAGCUUGGCUCUAAACAGGCCAACUGGGGCAGUGGCCUUGGCACGGGACAUGUCCAGCAGCUGGACAAGGAGCCACACUCUGGGCAGCCUACCUGGGCAGGCAGGUACAGCAGCAGGGACACGGAGAUGAAGGACAGGGAACUCACCCCAGACUGGACCAGUAAAUACAGCAGCCAGGAUGCUGGGAGUAAGGACGAGAAUUUAACGCUGGGCUGGGCUGGCAGAUCCAGCACUGGGGACAGCCCAGAUAAGGAGCUCAGCCCCAGCCGGCCAGCCUGGGACAGGAGGUAUAACCCCAGGGACAUGGAGAGCCAGGACAGGGAGUUCAGCCCCAGCAGGCCAGCCUGGACUCGGGAGUACAGGGACACAGAAAGCCAGGACAGGGAGUUCAGCCCCAGCCGGCCAGCUUGGACUGGUGAAAUCAGGGACAUGGAAAGCCAGGACAGGGAGUUCAGCCCCAGCCGGCCAGCCUGGGAUGACAGGUCCAGCACCAGGAGCAUGGAGAGCCAGGACCAGGAAUUCAGCCCCAGCAGGCCAGCCUGGGAUGACAGAUCCAGCACCAGGAGCAUGGAAAGCCAGGACCAGGAGUUCAGCCCCAGCAGGCCAGCCUGGGAUGACAGGUCCAGCACCAGGAGCAUGGAGAGCCAAGACCAGGAGUUCAGCCCCAGCAGGCCAGCCUGGGAUGACAGAUCCAGCACCAGGAGCAUAGAGAGCCAAGACCAGGAGUUCAGCCCCAGCAGGCCAGCCUGGGAAGACAGAUCCAGCACGAGGGGCGUGGAAAGCCAAGACCAGGAGUUCAGCCCCAGCAGGCCAGCCUGGGAUGACAGAUCCAGCACCAGGAGCAUGGAAAGCCAGGACCAGGAGUUCAGCCCCAGCAGGCCAGCCUGGGAUGACAGGUCCAGCACCAGGAGCAUGGAGAGCCAAGACCAGGAGUUCAGCCCCAGCAGGCCAGCCUGGGAUGACAGGUCCAGCACCAGGAGCAUGGAGAGCCAGGACCAGGAAUUCAGCCCCAGCAGGCCAGCCUGGGAUGACAGAUCCAGCACGAGGGGCAUGGAAAGCCAAGACCAGGAGUUCAGCCCCAGCAGGCCAGCCUGGGAUGACAGAUCCAGCACCAGGAGCAUGGAAAGCCAGGACCAGGAGUUCAGCCCCAGCAGGCUGCCUGAAGCAAGUGAAUGCAGCAGGGACCUGGAAACUCAGGAUGAGUUCAGUCCCAGCAGAGCAGCCUGGGCUGACAGAUCCAGCACCAGGGACAUGGAGACCCAGGACAGUGAAUUCACAUCCAGCAGAGCAACCAGGCAUGGUGGGCACAGCACUGGGGACACGGAGACCCAGAAUGGGGAGUUCAGCCCCAGCAGAAGUGUCUGGGAUGACAGAUCCAGCACCAGGGAUGUGGAGGCACAGGACAGAGAGUUGAGCCCCAGUGGAGCAGCCCAGGAUGGGCAGCACAGCUCUGUGACCCCCGGGGAGAAAGAGCAGGAGCUGGUCCCAGCCCGGCGGAGCUGGCCCGGUGAAGGCAGCAUCGGACAGACCGGGCUGCUCGGGGUUGGUGAGGAGGACAUGCCCAGCUCCCACCACCCAGAGCCCCCAGCCCAGGAGCCCACCUGGGGCAGUGCCCACCAGCAGGAGCGUCACAGCUCUGGCAGCAGGGACUGGGCUGCGGAGCUUGGAGCAGCUGAGUGCCAGAACCAGUUUGGUGUCAUUGGGACAGAGCGGGUGCCAGAUCCCUGCAGUGCCAGAGCCUCGGAUGGCUCCCUGUCCGGGGUCCAGCCACAGGCAGGCUUGCACAGGGAUCUCUCUCUGGACAUGGGCAGUGCCCGCUGGAGCCAGGAGCUGGACAGCUGGAGUGUGGAGCCACAGGAUGCUGAGGCCAGGCGCCAGGAGUGGGCGAGUGCCUUUAACGCCCGCUGUGCCGCCCGCAGCCGGGACCUUGGUGCGGGGGAGCAGAGCGUGGGAGGGGACACCGGCACAGAGCACGGCAGGUCAGCCCCCAGCCCUUCAAUGGGUGACAUUCCAGCUGAUUGCCCAGCUGUGGAGCCCCCCCGGAGUGAGUCACCCAGCCCCUCUGAGGAGGAGAGGCAUCCCUCUGAACCAGCUGCUGCCCCACAGAGCCCCAGGGUCCCCCCUCUGCUGCCAGAGGCUGCCAGUGGGAUCCCAAUGGACACAGGAAAUGAGGAACAGCCCUCAGACCAUCCAGACGGGGAGAGCUCCUCGAGCUGGGGGGAACAGCGGCUCUCACUGACUACCCCCCAGCCUGAGGGGUCCAUGGAGCAGGGGCAGGAAUUUCCUCUUCUGGAGGACACAGAGCUCCUGGACAGCAGCGUGUUCCGCUGCAAGGCCAGCCUGGGCCGCAAGCGCCAGCACCGGGCACCGUCCCUGCGCCCCACCACCGAGGGGGAGAGCUGGAUCUUCCGGGACUCCACGGAGCCCCGGCCAGCCCCAGCAGCAUCCUCCGACGAGGAGGCAGCGGAGGAGCCCCGGAGCCGGAGGAUGCGCGGCUCGUCCUCGGGCAGGGGGGUGAAGGUGCCGCUCUUUCCCGGCCUCAGUGCCUCUGCCAUCAAGGCGAAGCUGAGGGGUCGCAACCGCUCGGCUGAGGAGGGGACAUCAUCAGGGGACAGCAAGGGGACCCCUCCUAAAGACCCCCAUGUACAGCGCUCCAAGUCCUGCAAGAUCCCUGGUGUGAAACCCCCAGCCCUGCCCCCCAAGCCAGAGAAAUCCUCAGGAUCCGAGGCCUCUCCCCCCCACUGGCUGCAGGCGCUGAAGCUGAAAAGGAAGAAGCCUUGAGCAGGGCUCGCUCCGACGCUGAAGCCCGCUGUCCCUGGACCAGGGCUGUCCCCUCCCAUGGGGACAAACACACACACACACACACACACACACCUAUGCACUUUGUACGAGCUCGCAGGGUCCCUGUCUUCACCUCCUCCCCAUCCCCUUGGUCCCCACGGGUCUGGGGGUGGGCACGAGCCCCCCCCUUCCCCUCCCCCCUGCUCAUGUAUGUCCCUGGACACAGGGCAACGGGUCCAGCUCGUGGUGCCACUGCCACAGACAAUAAAACCUCGCUGGUCAGUU